CCCUCUGUGAUGCUCCAGAUCCCCCCACACCAAAGCUCGGGCGGGGAGCUCUGGCCUCUUCUUGGUCUCUACCGCUCCCGGUUGGCAGCGAAGGGCAUUGCAAUAUGGGGAUGCAAUAGGGGCUUGAGUUCUGGUGAACCCCUCAAGGGGCGAGCGAGACAGUUGGCUGGAGUCAGGCGAGAGGGGUGCGGCUGAUGUAAAGCAAACGGGUACCAACCCGCCGCCGUUCCAGAAAGAAGAGAGGCGGAGCAGGGUGGGGCAAGACACCAGCCCGUCCUGGCAGUCAUGAGGCCUCCCUGGUAUCCCCUGCAUACACCGUCCCUGGCUUUUCCACUCCUCUUCCUCCUCCUCUCCCUCCUGGGAGGAGGGGCAAGGGCUGAGGGCCGGGAAGACCCGCAGCUGCUGGUGAGGGUUCGAGGGGGCCAGCUGAGGGGCAUCCGCCUGAAGGCCCCUGGAGGCCCAGUCUCAGCUUUUCUGGGCAUCCCCUUUGCAGAGCCACCUGUGGGCUCACGUAGAUUUAUGCCACCAGAGCCCAAGCGGCCCUGGUCAGGAGUAUUGGAUGCUACCACCUUCCAAAACGUCUGCUACCAGUACGUGGACACCCUGUACCCUGGGUUUGAGGGUACUGAGAUGUGGAACCCCAACCGAGAGCUGAGUGAAGACUGCCUGUAUCUUAAUGUGUGGACACCAUACCCCAGGCCUGCUUCCCCCACACCCGUCCUCAUCUGGAUCUAUGGGGGUGGUUUCUACAGCGGAGCGGCCUCCUUGGAUGUGUAUGACGGCCGUUUCCUGGCCCAGGUUGAGGGAGCCGUGUUGGUAUCUAUGAACUACCGAGUGGGGACCUUUGGCUUCUUGGCCCUACCAGGAAGCAGAGAAGCCCCUGGCAAUGUAGGUCUGCUGGAUCAACGGCUUGCCUUGCAAUGGGUGCAAGAAAAUAUUGCAGCCUUUGGGGGCGACCCGAUGUCAGUGACUCUGUUUGGGGAGAGUGCGGGUGCAGCCUCAGUGGGCAUGCACAUACUGUCCCUGCCCAGUAGGAGCCUCUUCCACAGGGCUGUCCUCCAGAGUGGCACACCCAAUGGGCCCUGGGCCACUGUGAGCGCCGGCGAGGCCAGGCGCAGGGCCACGCUGCUGGCCCGCCUUGUGGGCUGUCCCCCAGGUGGCGCUGGUGGCAAUGACACCGAGCUGAUAGCCUGCUUGAGGACAAGGCCCGCUCAGGACCUGGUGGACCACGAGUGGCACGUCCUGCCUCAAGAAAGUAUCUUUCGAUUUUCCUUUGUGCCUGUGGUGGACGGGGACUUCCUCAGUGACACACCGGAGGCUCUCAUCAAUACUGGAGAUUUUCAAGACCUGCAGGUGCUGGUGGGUGUGGUGAAGGACGAGGGCUCCUACUUUCUGGUUUACGGGGUCCCAGGCUUCAGCAAAGACAAUGAAUCUCUCAUCAGCCGGGCCCAGUUCCUGGCUGGGGUGCGGAUCGGUGUACCCCAAGCAAGCGACCUGGCGGCCGAGGCUGUGGUCCUGCAUUACACAGACUGGCUGCACCCUGAGGACCCUGCCCACCUGAGAGAUGCCAUGAGUGCAGUGGUGGGCGACCACAACGUUGUGUGCCCUGUGGCCCAGCUGGCUGGGCGACUGGCUGCCCAAGGGGCCCGGGUCUAUGCCUACAUCUUUGAACACCGUGCCUCUACACUGACUUGGCCCCUCUGGAUGGGGGUGCCCCAUGGCUAUGAAAUCGAGUUCAUCUUUGGGCUCCCCCUGGAUCCCUCGCUGAACUACACCAUGGAGGAGAGAAUCUUUGCUCAGCGACUUAUGAAAUACUGGACCAAUUUUGCCCGCACAGGGGACCCCAAUGACCCUCGAGACUCCAAGUCGCCACAGUGGCCACCUUACACCACCGCGGCGCAGCAAUACGUGAGCCUGAACCUGAAGCCCUUAGAGGUGCGGCGGGGACUGCGCGUCCAGACCUGCGCCUUCUGGAAUCGCUUUCUCCCCAAAUUGCUCAGCGCCACCGAUACGCUGGACGAGGCGGAGCGCCAGUGGAAGGCCGAGUUCCACCGCUGGAGCUCCUACAUGGUGCACUGGAAGAACCAGUUCGACCACUAUAGCAAGCAGGAGCGCUGCUCAGACCUGUGACCCCUUGGGGGACCCCAGGCCCUGCCGCCCUGCCCGAGCCCCUCGCUGUACAUACACUAUUUAUUUAAGGGCUGGGAUAUAAUACGACCGAGCCCCCAGGCCCUGUCCACUCCGCCCCGACUUCCUCCCACUAGGGGCUCCCCAUCUUCUGCAUGUCUUGGGCUAAGCUCCCCUCCCCGCGGUGCCUUCGCCCCUCUGGGCCGCCAAUAAACUAUUACAGCCA